AUGAGUGCGCGAGACCGGAACCUGCCCAGAGACCUGAGCGGACGCGUCGUCUUCAUCACCGGCGCCGCGCGCGGCAUCGGCGAGGAGACCGCCCGCCGCGCCGCCGCCCGCGGGGCCCACGUCGCCGCCGUCGGCAUGGAGCCCGAGCGGCUCUCCGCACUCGUCGAGGAGCUCGGUCCGCAGCACUGCUGGGCCGAGUGCGACGUCACCGACCAGGCCUCGCUCGACGCCGCCGUCGCCACGACGGUCUCGGCGCUCGGCGGGAUCGACGUCGUCAUCGCCAACGCCGGGAUCGCCAACCAGGGCACCGUCGCCCAGAGCCCCGCCGACGUCAUCGCGCGCGUGAUGGAGGUCAACCUCAUCGGCGUGGCGCGCACGGUGUCGGCGACGCUGCCCGAGGUCGAGAAGCGGCGCGGCUACCUGCUGCUCGUGUCGUCGCUGGCCGCGUUCACCGCGCUGCCGGGCAUGGCGGCGUACUGCGGAUCCAAGGCGGGCGUGGAGAACUACGGCAACGCGCUGCGCUUCGAGCUGGCCCACCGUGGCGUCGGCGUCGGCACGGCACACAUGGGCUGGAUCGACACCGACCUCGUGCGCGACGUCAAGGCCGACUCGUCGACCUUCGAGGACACGCUGAAGAAGCUGCCCUACCCGCUCGGCGCCCUCACCUCGGUCGGCGACUGCGCCGACGCCUUCAUCGAGGGCAUCGUGAAGCGCAAGCGCCGCAUCUUCGUGCCGAAGGCGGUGGCCCUGGUGGCCGCGGCGCGCCCGAUCACGUUCUCCUGGCUGGGCGACCUGCCCGUGCUGGCGCAGGCGAGGACGAUGGUGCCGCGGCUCGAGGAGCAGUUCCGGAAGACGGGCCGCCAGUUCGGCGCCACGUCCGGCGGCAUGGGCAAGGCCGCCCGCGCGGUCACGCCCGACAGCACCCCGUCCGACCCGGGCUGA